GACCUCCGGGCACAGGGCGAUUAUCGAAGAACUGCCUGGUCUCGGUGGUGGGCAGGCUUCUACCAAGCCCACGACAAUGACUCCACUGUUGAGGAAGCGAUGAUCGAUUUUGCCAGGAACGGUGCCCAAGGCGACUGCUCCUUCUUGAACACGCAGGACGCCAUUCGGGACAGAUUCUGCCGUGGAGGCAGUGACCGUCCUGGCACCGCGAUUUGCCCCGUCACUUGUGGCUGCGCCUCUGGCACGACCUCCGACUGGUGCCCGAGCAGCUGCUGA